AUAUCUAUGUUUGUCCAUCUCUAAUUUCAGAGAUUUGUUUAUGUUUUAAUUUUUCGGCGUUUACUUGUGAAUAAAAUAACUCGCCAGGAUGUCGUACAUGCUCCCUCAUUUGCACAAUGGCUGGCAGGUGGACCAGGCAAUUCUCUCCGAGGAAGAUCGCGUGGUGGUAAUCCGAUUCGGCCACGAUUGGGACCCCGCCUGCAUGAAAAUGGACGAGGUGAUGUACAGCAUAGCGGAGAAGGUCAAGAACUUCGCGGUAAUUUAUCUAGUGGACAUUACCGAGGUGCCCGACUUCAACAAAAUGUACGAGCUGUACGAUCCCUGCACGGUGAUGUUCUUCUUCCGCAACAAGCACAUCAUGAUCGAUCUGGGCACCGGUAACAACAACAAGAUCAAUUGGCCUCUGGAGGACAAGCAGGAGAUGAUCGACAUCGUGGAGACGGUGUACCGGGGUGCCCGCAAAGGCCGUGGUCUGGUCGUCUCGCCAAAGGACUACUCCACGAAGUACAGAUACUAAAGUGGGCCACCUCUCGCAAUGUAGUUUAAUGUAUCCCAUUUAGGCGUAACAAAUUGAUAAUCCCAAAUAGAAGCGACUAUCUCUUGGCAA